AGUUAGAGUCGGUAGAGUGAGCUUUCGCUGUGGGCUGCUUUGCUCGGACUGGCUCGGUUUCUCGGCUGCUUGUGGUGCCGGUUCCCUUCAGGCAGUGACAGACAGCCGGCGAAAGUGAGGCGCACACUGGACGCAGGGAGCAACCCGAGAGCGCAGCGGCGGAAUAUGACGGUUCCGAGCGGCCCUGCUGUAGCCGCCGCUCUUCGCAGCUACUUCCUCAGACUCUGCGCUUCUUGUUAGCGGGCCUCCCUCCUUCCCUGUCCCUUUCCUCUCCCUCUUCCCUCCCCACCUCCUCCUUAACCCCCCCUCCCCCGUCCCGUCCACCGCCGCGCCGCUGCCGCCACACUGCCGCCAAAUGACACCCACCCCGCAGCAGAUCAAGGACCAGCUGCUCCAGGCCAUAGACAAGGAUGCCAAUAUCCGUAACAUGGUGGCAGUGCUGGAGGUGAUCUCCAGUUUGGAGAAGUAUCCCAUUACCAAAGAGGCUCUUGAGGAAACAAGGCUGGGGAAGCUCAUCAAUGAUGUACGGAAGAAAACCAAGAAUGAGGAGCUUGCGAAACGUGCUAAGAAACUGCUGCGGAGUUGGCAAAAAUUGUUGGUCGAGCCAGUCGGUCAAAAUGAAUCUGUACCCAGGACACUGCCCACCUCCCCUGGCUCAGCCAAUGGUGGAGCUCAUGCCUACAAGCAUGAUUUGCCGUCUCUGGCCACCAACACUGGAGCAGGGACAGCCAAGCCAGUCCCAGAUCUGAAAAGCAAGAAUGAUGUACAUAAUUCCUAUUCUCUGCUUGCUGACAAGCAGGGCAGUCGGAAGCGGAAAGCAGAGCACCAUGAUGGUACGAAGGGGCCACUGUCCAAAGUCCCAAAGGCCAAUAAUGAACAGCAGCAGAACUCUACACCACCACCUUCCAAUGGAAUCCGUGGCAGUCCUGAAAAUUUCCCAAGUCCUCCAGAAAUGGCAUCUGCAAACAUCCACACCAUCCCAGGCAAAAGCAGACCAGAGCACCAGACACCAUAUGAAAAUGACAAACACAGCAAGAUACCAGUAAAUGCUGUGAAACCUCAUACCAGUUCUCCAGGACUUGUAAGGAACCCAAGCACUUCCUCAUUGCUAAAGACUGCUAUUCUUCAGCAACAUGGAAAAACAGAUGACACUGGGGUGCGUUAUCGACCCAGUAGCCCCCGCUGUCAGUCAUUUAGCCCAAGGACUCUUAAACAUGAGAUGUUAUGGAAACCCUCCACAACAUAUGCACCCAAGGGCUCUGUAUCUAGCCCAUCCCAGAGCUUUACAGGAAUGUCUACUCAAGCAGGUUCUGAUUCAGAUAGGGCAACAUCUCACUUAUCCAAGAACAAUGUUCAGGUGCCAUCUCCCGUGCCUGUACUGCAGCAAGCCACAACACCACCUCUGCCAACCCAGGCAAAAGGCUUGCACCCGCCAGAGACCGAAAGUUCAUUGGAUCGGCUGGGACACACACCUAGUUUAGACACUCUUGGUGAAAACCAACUGCAGCACCAUUCUGCACCAACACUACAGCAACAGGACUCUCCAUACCCCUCUCACAGUCCCAAUUCAUCAGCUUCACAUCGUGGAGAAUCCUUGCACAGUCAUGAGUUGGAUGCAGCAAUGGGAGAGUUGUCCUCCAAUGAGUGUGCCUCUUUUGGUUAUGAUAGCAAAAAGUCAUCUAAGAAAAAAUACAGGUCUAGAGACUAUCAGGUGAACUUAGACGGACAAGUUAUCGAUGAAAGUGUGAAACCUGUACGAUUGAAAGAACGUAGAAUUACUUUUGACCCUGCUACUGGGCAGAUCAAACCUUUAACCCAUAAGGAUUCAUCUCAGGCUGAAAGCCCAGUUCUACCUGAGCCUCAUCGAACCACUGAAAUUGUACAGGAGCAGAGGGUAAACUUGCAAAGUACUUUAGAUCAAACAAACUGGAAGGAGUUAUCCAAAAAUGAAAUUAUUCAGUCAUACUUAUCGAGACAAAGCUGCCUUCUUUCAUCCUCAGGAGUGCAGCCACCAGGAGGUCACAUUGUUGAGUUUCUACAGCAUGAAAGCCACAGGUAUAGCACUAGCACAGAGGCCCGUGAGGUCCACAUAUUAGUACCUACAGACUCUCCCUCAGAACUUCCUGGGGUCACUAGGGAAAUCAGAGACUUGGAUGUUCACCGAAUACACCAACAACAUUGGUCAGGUGUGAACGGUUGCAUUGACAACCAUGGCAAAUGGUAUGAUUGGACGCAGGGCAUAUCAUUGGACCCUCAUGGUGAUCAGGGACAAUUGCACAUACUGCCGUACGUCUGUCUAGACUGAGCGAUAAUGCCCUUUUGGCAUGCUUUGAGGUUUAAAGUCAGCUGGUGGCAAACAAGUGGCUCCCACUUACUGGAAAUGAGCAAAGGCCUCUGGGAUGCAGGUUAAAGUUUUGAAGGAUCUGUUUCUCAGUCUAUCUGUGUAGGUCCCCCACCCCUAACUCCCUCUCUUCUGCAGUUAGCUGCUAUCAGUGUUUUAAUCAAAAUUGCGAAGGAGGGAAAGGAGCACAAGAGAAGAGAAGGUUGUGAAGGAAAAAAUGAGAGGUGGUUGGUUCUGUUACAUGAGCAACUCACCACACAGAUUAAGGCAGGUCAUAACCAGGGGUCGACAAGCCCGGUGCGGAGUGGUUUGUCGGUAGGAGAAAAUAGAGGUUUAUUUAAGGUUCCAGCACUUUACAGUGGGCUGGAUACGGUCUUGGGGCACGUAGAGGAGCUUUAUGUGGCAUCAAAACUAAAUGAAUAAUGUUACUUUAAAAAGUAUGGAUCUAUUUAUUUGAUUUGAUUUCUUUUUUUAAAAACACCUUUAAUUUGGCAGUGAGAUAUGUGAGACAAAUGUGCAAAAACUGUAGAUCUCUCUCUUAUUUACAUCACACAUCUCUUUUCUUCAGGAUAUAUUUUUAAAGUGAAAAAUCAUGACAGGCUGUGAACAUUUGCACAGUACAGCGUCAUACCGAACAUUCCAUAGGUCUUCACGUGCUGGGAGUUGCUGUCGUCUUCUGUUUAGACAGGAGAUAAAAUCCUUGGGUCUUCAUAAUCUAGGUUUAAAAACGUUUAAAGAAGAACUAUUUUAGAAAGUCAAAGAUUUGGGUUGUGCUUUUUUAUUCUCCCGCCACCAGUCAAAAUUCGAAAGUUAACUAUAAUUUUGUUCUCUGCUUUGCUCUCUCGCUUGAUCUCCACAUUCGUUCUCACUUGUCCAAAUCCCAAAGUGGAAAAAAAGAGGGUGCUACUGGUUUGCAACUUUGUACUGUGAGAAGUUGAUUUAAAAAAAAAUUCAAAAAAAAUUUCAAAAGGAAUCUGUUUGUAUGCUGGAGAUAUACUUGUUACCAUUCCUUUAGAUAUUGUUUGCCUUAUGGAAUCCAUCAUACCACAACCGCAAAAACAAGAAGCCUUAGUGAAUGUACAGAAAUUAGACUUCUGUGUUCCUCUCAAUGCAGAAGGAAUGACUUUGCUAUUUGGUCCUUUUAAGUGGACACGUUGUGAUAUAAAUGUGGAAACAAUAAAAAAAAAAUUUGCACAAAAAA